UGAAAUCCUCAACCAACACCACCGCCGACAUGAUGGAUCCCAUCUCUGUGGAAGCUGUGUUGAACGCGGCUGAGGAAAAGCCGGCCACAGUGAAGACGAUUCGUGUGCGUGGGCUUGCCAGGACGUGUGAUUGGGUGGUGAAACAGAACCUCAGGCCCAUCUUCCAGUCCACCACGCUUCAAGAUGUGAUGGAGAACGCGCAGGCCGUAUCUGGCAGACUCAAGGGCCUUGGUGUCUUUGCACAGGUUCAUGCAAGAAUCAACGUUGACCCAGACGUCAGAAACGGGUACAUCGUGGACUACGAUGUGCGUGAGUCGCGGCUGAUUACUGGCAAGACUGGCGUGAAGAUUGGAAACAAUGAAGGCUCCGCAGAUUUGCAGCUGUAUGCGAACAACGUGCUUGGGCUCGCGGACCGUUUUAUGGUGUCGUCGGGCCGGUCGACACAGCGAACCCACUUCCUUGACGUGCAACACACCAUUCCUCUGUUCGCCGCAUAUUGGCAGCCACUCACCUUCCGCCUCUCAAAGCACUCCGUGGUGAGCUUGAGCCAGGGUCUGAAACAGGACAACCACACAGCCGCCGUUGAGCAGGCCUUCCUCUCCACUGCGGGAUCCCACAAGCUCACACUUGAAUCAAAGUGGCUGCACGUCCAGCCCUCGCAGACAGAGCCGCCGUUUGAGGUUCGGGAAGCGUGCGGACAUUUCCUCAACAACUCGCUCACGCAUGAGUUUGUUGGAGACAUGCGCAACCCGGCCACGCUGCAGGGGCUGCGGCUGCAGCACCUGUGCCGCUUGUCCGGCGGCCCGCUUGGGGGAAGCUUCAACUACAUCAAGAACAACAUUGAGGCCGACUACACCACCCGGCGCGUGCCUGCUCUUGGCGGAAUGCACUUCAGGUUCUCCGCACGUGCAGGCCUCAUCGCCCCCGUGCACAUGGAACAGCUCGCUGCUCGCGCGCGCACGCUCCUCCACCGCCUCUCUUCCGACGCUGCUGAUGCCCCGAAGCACACACACACCACGUCGCCCACCGCACCACCAGCACCAACACAGGCAACGCCGUCCCAGCACCCGCCGGCAUCCGACGUGUGUGUUGCUGAUCAGUUUCUCCUCGGUGGCAGCACAGACGUGCGCGGUUUCCAGCAGCACAGCAUUGGCCCACGCCGCCGUGGCUUUGCUGCGGGCGCCAACGCGUAUUGGGCCGUUGGCGCGCACGCGUACGCACCGCUCCCGCGCGGGCCGUGGCAGGAGAGGUUUGGCGACGUGCUGCGCAUCCAUGGCUUCAUCACCGCAGGGUCCGCAGCAACAGAGGGGAGCUUGCAGGCAACGCGGCGGCGGCUGAUGAGCAGUGUUGCUGUGUCGUGCGGCCUUGGGCUGUCAGUUGACUUCCAAACAGCGAGCUUAGAGCUGAGCUACUGCUUGCCACUUGUCUCCAGUACAGGCAUCACAUCACCGGGGCUGUGCAUGGCCAUUGGUGCCAACCUGUUGUAGAGUCUCCCUGUGUGCUCUUUGUGUGCGUGUGUAUGUAUGUGUGUGUGUGCACUUUGUGUGUGGUGUUGACAUGAGUUGGUGCUUGAGACGGCGCGUUGGCUGUGCUGUUGCUUGAGCUUGUUCGUUCCUCUGGCUUCAAUAGACGAUGCGCCAUCGCUGCACUUGUAAACACGAC